GGCAACCUCAAACGGGAAGGACGAAAGAACUUCUCACGAGUUGGACGGAGGGAAAAGUAUAUUUAUAUCCCAAUUUAUGCCACUAUGGCACUGCCGAUGCUGCCUGGAAAUUCUCUCAACAAAAACUUUGGGAAAGACAAAUUCCACAAGUCCCAGCAUUUUGACUAUUCCAACGGGGUCCGUAUGAUGGUGGGCUCAGGGAAGCCAGGCAUUGGAGGGGAGUUGCUGUUGGGCCAGAAGUCUCAACCAAACUAUUCUGUCUUCCCCAAUGGAGAGGGCAGUGACACGCCAUCAUGGGUGGCCUUUGACAAGCAGGUGCUGAGCUUCAAUGCUUUCUUCCAGGAGGCUGUGCCUCAGAAGCGAGAGGAGAAAUACCGCGUCAGGAAGUGUAAGAUCUAUUUCUACCUGGAAGACGACACCAUCCAGGUGGUAGAGCCUGAAUUAAAGAACAGCGGAAUACCACAAGGAACGCUGAUUCGCCGGCACCGCAUCCCACUGCCCCCUCCAGAUGAUGAGUGCUUCUACACGGUGCACGACUUCAACAUCAACCAGCAGAUGGUGCUGUACUCACGCACUUUCAUGGUCACCGACUGUGACCCCUUCACCAGAAACUUCCUCAGGAAGAUGGGGGUACGGCUCAACCCCCCCACCUCCACUCCCCUGGACCCCUACAGCAACCUACGACAAGAGAUGGAGAAGAGUAUGAAGCCUCUUCGUCCAUACGAGAGGCUGGACACGCUCAAGCAGUUCCUGGACCACGACCGCAAUGUGCUGCGGUUCUUCUGCCACUGGGACGACUCAGAGAACAUGUUUGGGGACCCGCGCGAGCUUACCCUGCACUACUUCUUGGCCGAUGACACCAUAGAGAUCAGGGAGGUCAUCUACCCCAACUCAGGCCGGGAUGCCACCCCCAAGUUUCUGCACCGUAGCAAGCUACCCAAGAACCAGGAGCAUGCUCCCAACCCCAAGCAUCAGCCCGGAGAUAUCAUAGACCGUACGGUGCUCAAUGUCUUUGGUCCAAUGGGCCAGGGAGGACGCUACAUCCUGGACAGCCUCAAAACAGGUGCGGUCCAUGAGCAGUUCUAUAAGGACAGUGACCUGACUCUGGGGGGCAUGGUCAAUGUGUGGGGACGCAGGGUGGUCAUCUGUGACUGUGACAACUUCACCAAAGAGUUCUACCGCUCCAAAUACGGCAUUGAGGACUUCAGCCCAGUACAAUACAAGGCACCUCUGGCCCCUAAGCCCCCCAGGCCUGUACCUCCCUACAAUGGCUUUGGCUCUGAAGAGGACUCUCUGUGCUCCUGCCAGGGCCUGCUGCCCAAACCCCCACAGAAAGACUUCCGCAAGCUCAUGGAGAAAGACAGGCAGGGCCUUGAGAGCAAUGUGCUGAGGUUUAUGGGCAAGAUGGUGACUGAAAAUCCCAUCGACAGAGAUAGACUCUUCAUAAUCUCCUUCUACCUCAGUGACGACACCAUCUGUGUGUACGAACCGCCUCAGAGGAACACCGGUGUGUUGGCGGGUAAGUUCCUUGAGCGUGGCAGAGUGAAGAAGCCUGGUCAGGAGCUGUUUAAGAGUGAGAUGUCCCAGUAUUUCAGUGCCCAGGACCUGUAUGUAGGAGCCAGGAUCAACCUCAACAACCAGGGCUUCCAGCUGAUCGACGCUGAUGAGUACGCCUUCAACUACAUGGAGCAACACGCUGAGGAGUUCCCCAGGGCUAACAUGGGCUCCAUUAUCAGUAAGAUCCGCUCCAUCCCUGAGGACAAACAGAAUGAGAUUAAACAGUUCCUCACCCUCAGUGACCCUGGAAACACUGGACUGAUCCCCUACGAACCCUUCAGGGGCCUGCUGGUGGGUCUGGAGUGUGGUCUGUCGGAGCACGAGGUGAUGAUGCUCGGUCGUUGUUUCUGUGAGCGCCAGCAGCCCGAGGCAGAGGUGGGUCUCAUGCUGGCUGUGGCUCAGGACCACCUACGCAAGAAACACUUUGAGAGCUUCUCCGACAUGACCAGAGCCUUCACACACGAGGACCGACACAGGACUGGUCAUCUCUCCACCAAGGAGGCCAGGACCAUCUGUAAGGCCUUCCAGCUGCCACUGGCUGAGGACCUGUUGAGGGCCCUCCUCAAGAAGUUUGAUGCAGGCUCUGAGGAGAUGGACUACCAUGCCUUUCUGGCAGGGAUCAACUGGAGAGAGAACCCUGCUCCCCCUGUCCUGCCUGACGAUGUCCUGAAGUUUAACGUGGACUGGAGUAGGGAAGCCAGAGACCCAGAGGUGAAGAGCAUCAACUACUCUGUCCUUCUGGAAGACGUGUUCGGUAGUGUCAACACCAACUCUAACCAACCCAACACUCUAACCAACACUCUAACCAACCCGACACUCUAACCAACCCAACACUCUAACCAACCCAACACUCUAACCAACCCAACACU